CAGCUCGCGGGAUUCCGGGAGAGACGCGCGAUUAGCUGUCACCGAAAAUAAACCCGAUAGAAAAAGAAUGAUGUUACAUCGGGUGAUAACUUUGUUUCGCGGCAAAUCUGUUCUGAAAGAAACAAAUGGAAUGUCUAAGUCAUUUUGUCGAUCGCCAAUAACCACGCCGUCCGGGGCGAUCUUGCCUGAGCCAAAGAGAACACCAUUCAGUUUCCUGGGUGUUGUCAGCAGCGUUGUAUUCGGCCUUCUAGUUGGUGCAACGAUCAGUAAAAACGUGGCCAACUUCCUCGAGGAAAACGAUCUCUUUGUUCCCUCCGAUGACGACGAUGACGAUGACGACGAUUAGUAGAGAAAUCAGUAUUUUAUCUUGUUGAUUGUUCAAAGUGUCCAGCUAUUAGAUGUAUAACUUAAUCCUAAAGACUCAACAUGUAACUAACUUAUGUCAGUGAUUUAAAAUGCAGCAUUUAGUCAAGAAACAGGAGAAAAAGAAUCUCUUAUUGAAUUUAAGUAUCUUAUUUAUGUAAUAUGUAUAUAUGUAUAUACAUAUACAAAAUAUAUAUAUAUAUAUAUGUACACGCACACAUAUAUGCCUAAAAGAGAAAGAAAGAAUAUAUAUAUAUUAUCAUAGAAAUAUUUAUUUAUACAAUUGUUGGAAGUGUGUUAGAUAGAGCUUUUACAAAAUUAUGUAUUUCUAAAUCUAUAUAUAUAUUAUAUAAAUAAAUAAAUUAAUUUGUGUUAAAUACAGUUUGAGUGAUACAAAAAAUGCUUUUAUAUAUGUACAUAUAAAUCAUACAUAUAUAUAUGUAAAAGCAUUUAUAUAUAUACACAUAGCAUUUAUAUAAUAGGGGAAAUAGGGCCAUAUAUAUAUAAUAAAGUCACAGAUGUACAUAUGAUUUAUAGUUACGUGUAUCUCUUUUCAGUCUUUGCUUAAUAUUCACAAAUUUUAAAAUGCUAUUUUUAAUAACUCAGUUUUAGAAUUGACAUUUUGAUUACUAAAAAGGAUAUCGUAGAUCUAAAAUUUCUUUAAAAAUUCUCUCUUUUAAUCUCUUUAAAACUAUGCAAUUUUAUCUAUCCUUUUCACACGGAAAAAACAAUAUUUCUAUAAAAGAGCUUCUUUUGUGUUAUUCAACAAUAAAAAUUGAUAUCACAAUAUCGAUGUA